AUGGUUGGAGGAGCAGUGGCAGUUGGUGAACAGCCUAUCAAAGGACUCAUUUGUCCAGCUGCUGGAGCCCGUAUGACCGUGGCCGAGACCCUGACUAACCUGCUGGCGGCUCCAAUAACUACUAUCAAGGACGUAAAAAUGUCUGGCAAUUGGAUGUGGGCAGCUAAAUGUGAUGGAGAAGGAGCUCGACUAGUAGAAGCAUGUGAUGCUCUUUGCAAGAGCCUCGCUGCUGUCGGAUGUGCGAUCGAUGGCGGUAAAGACUCGUUGAGUAUGGCAGCAAAAGUUGACGAAGAGCUGGUCAAGGCUCCCGGCACACUAGUGCUGUCAGCUUAUGCGCCAUGUCCUGACAUUAGGAAAGUGUUGACACCUGAUUUCAAGGGACCGCAAGCUGGGAGCAAAUGCACAAAGAUUAUUUAUGUUCGUAUGGGUAGCUCACUAAAGUAUAAUCGGCUCGGUGGUUCAGCUCUUGCUCAGGUUCUCCGUCAGAUCGGGAACGAGUCGCCGGAUGUAGAAGAUCUGCCAUCAUUAGCUCGUGCCUUCACUGCGAUUCAGAGGAUGAUCGUCGACGACUUGGUCCUUGCAGUACACGACGUGUCUGAUGGUGGUUUCAUCACAGCCCUUCUGGAAAUGUCCUUUGCCGGUAACAUCUCAAUCAAAGCUGAUAUCAGCUGUGGAUCAGAGCCGAUGGCGUUCCUGUUUGCCGAGGAAGCAGGCGUCCUGCUCGAAGUCGAAGAGCAGUAUCAAGGCAAGAUCAUCGAAGAGCUCAAACGUCUUGCAGAAGUCAUGAACGUCGGGGAAGUCUAUCCACAAUACGGGCCGGAUGCCAAGAUCGAAAUUUUCGUAAAUGGUGAAUCCGUAAUUAGUGAAAACCUGGUCACGUUACGUGAGGUCUGGGAGGAGACGUCAGAUCGUUUGGGACUCAUGCAAACGGAUGCCGAGUGCUUGAAAGAAGCCAAACAGGUAAGAGCGAUCACAAAGACGGUAACGUACUCAGCACCAUAUAAAUGGCAAACACCCAACCCACUUCCUUUAGCUUCCUUGAUACAAGUACAAUCAGCCCCUCAUGUGGCAAUAAUCCGAGAAGAAGGUUCCAAUGGUGAUCGCGAGAUGGCCGCCGCUUUCGCUUUGGCAGGAUUCCAACCGCACGACGUCACCAUGACAGAUCUUUUGGCUGGGCAUACACUGGAUCCGUUCAGAGUGGUGGCAUUCGUCGGUGGAUUCUCAUAUGCAGAUGUGCUGGGUUCGGCUAAAGUGAUUCCCUUCGUUGUUCGUAUAAAAUUGUUCAUUGAAGGAUGGGCUGCUGCAAUCCGGUACAAUCCCAUGGUCCGUCUGGAAUUUACACGAUUCCGUAACAGAAGUGAUACCCUCUCAUUCGGUGUAUGCAAUGGCUGUCAACUGAUGGCUCAUCUAGGAUGGAUAGGCGAAUACGAAGACACGCCAUCGGUGUUUCUUGCGGAAAAUCGCUGUGGCCGAUUCGAGUCCAUCUUUGGUCCGGUGAGGAUCGAACAUUCCACCUCAAUUUGGUUACGCGAAAUGGAAGGGACAAUUCUGGGCUUGUGGAGCUCUCACGGUGAAGGUCGCUUUACCUACCGUACUCCUGAAGUACUUGAUUCACUACGAAAAUCUGGACAAAUUGCCGUACGUUAUGUGGAUGGUGGAGGCCAACCCACUAUGCUAUACCCAUGGAAUCCCAAUGGAUCGGAGGAUGCGGUAGCGGCUAUUUGUAGCCCAGAAGGGCGUCAUUUAGCCAUGAUGCCACAUUCGGACAGGUCAUUCCUAUCGUGGCAAUGGGCGGACUAUCCCCGCGAGUGGAAAACUUCAGAGAACUUGACUGCUCCAUGGAUCAAAAUGUUCCAAAAUGCCUACACAUGGGUUACAAAUGAAAAGAGCAAUCACCCUAGGAAUGGAUCGAGCUAUAUUGAGGUCUAA